AUGACUAUAAAAGACAUUAAACUUACUAUUUCCAAAAUAAAGUUCAACUUGGAUGAAAUAAAUAAUUUGCAAGAGGAAAGAAACAACAUAUACGACUUGGAUUUAACUCCUUCGAAAAAUGAUAACUUUGAAAUGAUAAGCUUGAUACUGAAAACACGACAGUAUUUUACUUUUAUCGAACAAGAUAUGAAUGAUUACUUUGAUAAUCUAGAGAAAAAUGGGAUACUAGAUGAGUUUAUGAAUUUGGUUAACCAGUACACCAAAAUAUUUGAGGAACUAUCCAAUGACACUAAUAUCGAUAUAUCGGAAUAUAAAUACGUGUAUAAACUUCCAACUCCCAGCCAGAAUGGCACAGAAGCCAAUCCCGUUCAAAAGUCGGUUAGGUUUAAAGAUACUCCUGACGAUAACGAUGCUAGUGAGCUAAUGGGAACUAGACAUACAUUUCAACCAUACAAGGAUGAUCCAGACGAGGACAGCUCAGUCGAGCAUGAAGAUAUAUCUGAUCAUCAAAUGUUUGCACAACAUCAACAAACAUUGAUGAGACAAGACCAAGAUCUAGAUGUUUUGCACCAACUGAUAUCGCGCCAGCAUAUGAUGAGUCAGGAUAUUAACCAUGAACUUGAUGAUCAGUUGAUUAUCUUGAAUGAUCUAGAACAAGGUGUCGAUCUGUCUUUGGGUCAUUUAAAUUCUGCAAAUACACGAUUAAGGCAUUUUAGAACUUUAAUGAGAGAAAACGGUAGUCUAGUCACUAUUUGCACCUUAACAGUUAUAUUAAUAUUAUUAUUAGUUAUACUUAACUAG